AGUAAAUCACAAUAAACGGAUAACGAAUUGCACACAAGUGGCUUAUCCAAAAGAGAAAAACCAACGAAAAUUCCAAUGAGUCUCUACUCAUUUUAAUACCUUUAGAACAAUGGGCAAAGUACGUGCUCGUACAAAUAAUGCUGCUUCUCAAGCCGAAGCUAGAAAUGCAGUCUUUAAGUUCAAUAAAGAUUUUGGCCAGCACAUCUUGAAAAAUCCUCUUGUUGCACAAGGCAUUGUUGACAAGGCUGACAUUAAACAAUCAGACACAGUACUUGAAGUUGGUCCUGGUACUGGUAACUUGACUGUCCGUAUGCUCGAAAAGGCUAAAAAAGUCAUUGCCGUGGAAAUGGAUCCUCGUAUGGCUGCAGAAUUGACGAAACGUGUACAGGGUACUCCUUACGAAAAGAAGUUGCAGGUGAUUUUAGGAGAUGUCGUCAAAACAGAUCUCCCCUAUUUCGAUGUUUGUGUCUCCAACACACCAUAUCAAAUUUCUUCACCUUUGGUUUUCAAAAUCCUCCAACAAAAGCCAGCUCCUCGUUCAAGUAUUCUUAUGUUUCAGCGUGAAUUUGCUUUGCGUUUAAUUGCCCGACCUGGCGACGCUUUAUAUUGUCGCUUGUCUGCAAACGUUCAAAUGUGGGCUCACGUGAAACACAUUAUGAAGGUUGGUAAAAACAACUUUAGACCCCCUCCUCUUGUCGAGUCUAGUGUCGUUCGUAUUGAACCUAAGAGCCCAGCUCCUCCAAUUUCGUUUGAGGAAUGGGAUGGUCUUUUGCGAAUCAUCUUUAUGAGAAAAAACAAAACCGUUGGUGCUUGUUUCAAGUCAGGAUCCGUAUUAGAAUUGAUAGAGAGAAAUUACAGGACUUGGUGCUCUCAGAACGAACGGAUGAUUGAAGAUAACUUUGACGUUAAGGUUUUAAUAGACCAAGUUCUUACAAGCAUCAAUCUUCAAGAUGCUCGUGGAUCAAAAUGCGGCGAAACAGAGUUCUUGGCUCUAUUGCAUGCUUUCCAUCAAGUUGGUAUACAUUUUGCAUAACCGAACGGAAUCAUUUAUUUAUGUUAUUUUUUGUUUUUUUGAGGGUAUCUGAGGUUAUUGGUAAUUUGGUCGGAAGGUUGCUUAAAAAGUAUUCAUAGUUUGACUAAUAAUUUCCUGUCUAGUAAAUAAAUAAUCAAUCUAAAUAAUAUACAAUCUUGGGAAUAAUCUCGA